GGUUGUUCACCUUAUGACGUUGCGCUGACAGCUUCCCUACCUGACGAAAACUUUCAAGCGUCGUCAGUCCUUGACUCAAAUCUUAACCAACCAUACAUGGCCAAGGUUGGUGGUGAUAAAGAGUGGUGCCCCUCGACGGCUUCCGUCUUUGAGUUUAUUCAAAUCGAUUUCUCCUCGCCGUACCGAGUAUGUGCAAUAGACACGCAAGGCCAUCACACGCUGUCUUGGUUCGUGUCUACUUACAGGGUUGCGUAUUCUUUAAACGGUUCUUCCUGGGCUGACGUAACGGCGGAGAAUAAAAAUAUUUUGGUGGGUAUGCAAUUUGAAAUGUCCAGCUUUUCUGUUAUGCAAUAGACGUUUUGUUUUCCCUACAAAGAAAUCUUCAUAUUCCAGCAAUUUGCUUUGUAAAUUACCUUGGACAUCUGUGCACUGUUAGACCUAUUUUUGUAUGGGAAGGUACCAGCCUCGUUCUCGGCGAUUUCGGAUGUGACGUCACCUUGUCGGGAAAAUUCGUCUAGAGAGAUAAGAAGUCGUUACGUUAAGUUGCCAUGGAAGCAAAAUUUCUGGACCUCAACAAAAUGGGGUCCUGCAAAAAUGACAGGAAAAAAUGACAUGUUAGACUUUCCUACGCGUGAUUGCACUCAGGUACAAAACUAUAGUCUAUACUUCUCUUCCAUCGUUCGGCAAUGCAAAUGGCCGUCUCUUUCAAGAAAGAUUACUAAGACCGAGAAAUUUUGCUACAUGGGGACAUGACGUCGCACUUCUCUCUAUUGCGCUGGGCUCCAAGUCUCCUCUGCUCGCUUGGAUAGCGCAAACUGGCCAGGGGACGAGGCUGGGAAGGUACAGUACAAAUCACAGAUCCUUAGCGCGCCAAGUUAGUAAUUUGAGACUGAGAUAACUAAGCCAUUCUUAUUGACUGUAGAUUUUUGCUGGAAAUGCUGAUGGUGACACUGUGAUCAGGAACGCAUUGAACGAUAGCUCAAGUUUCGUUACCAGGUUCCUACGUAUUUAUCCUUUGACGUAUGGCACCUGGCCGUGUUUGAGGGUAGAGGUGUACGGACGAGGUAUUCACUUUAUCUUGUAAUUCCUUAAUGCUUACAUUCUCCAACCUAGAGCUCUUCUCUAUUACGCAUGACAGGACUGCUAAGGACAAGGGCAGCCAUAAGAUCCACAAAAGGCUCUUGUGACGAUAUAUACUUCUUGCUUUAUCGCUUCACUGCAGGAAAAUAAUGCUCAUAUCAGUAGCCAAUUUCCAAAAACUCUCACUGUCAAAAAGAAGCUACGUGUAAAAUGUUACUCGUGAAAAUGAGAUUCAUUUGCGUGAGAAUAAAAAAUGAUCUUCAUAUCAAUGGUUUCACGCUUAGCCUCGCUUUGAAACAGAGGCUUGGUGCAACUUGGAAAAGGUCUAUCGUUUUAAAGGCUAUCUUGAGAUUGCGCUCGUUCCCAGGGUCUUUUCCUACUCGUCCCUACAGAGCAAGAGAGGCCGUGAGAACAAGGUUGUCAUGAGACUUGGACGGUGUCCUGUCGAUUGUACAAUGGGUCUGUCUCUCUCCCAUAGUGAAAUUCGAUACCACACCGAACAAGUCUGAAGUGUAACCUCAGAACAGCCGAAAGGGGGCUUUGUUGUGUUGCACUUGCGUGUACUAUAUGGUUGAUUAGGUUGGUUAUGUCGUGGGAAUUGCUCAUUAGGGAGCUUACGCAAAGACAUUUUUGAGCGACGCACAUCAACCGUUAGUGAGGCCUCUUUCAUUUUAUUAUUCCUUAUUAAUGCAACCAAAUUUGUAUGGCUAAGUGUCUUUACUCUUAUAGAGACGAUUUGCUGGAAAACUUGGGCAAAACCACUGCCCAAGCAUGCAACAAGUCCAAGUUGAUGUGAGUCGUUCAAAAAUGUCUUUCUUUAAGCUGCCUAUUGUCUUUUGUAUUGCAUCGUUCGGUCAUCGCACCAUCUGUAACACCGAGAAACUAUAAUCAUAUCUAACUGCUAAUCGAUCCGUUAUUCCUUUUCUUGACUUCAGAAUUACCAUCCCUCGACCCUAGACUCCCUCUCAAUAAAACAGUGACGGAGGGAAAUUCGUUCACUCUUCACUGUUUGCCGCUGGGAAAUACGAACGCUGUUAAUGUAACUUGGAUAAGGAACAAUAGAAGUAAUUCCCCAUUUGCCGUGUCUGUAAACCUCACAGUCAACGCUACCAGAUUUGACGCGGGUGAAUACAACUGUUUAGUAACCAAUGGAGUGGAGUCUGUUAUCUCGUCGAUUGCUUAUGUGGAUGUUCUGUGUAAGUAUGUUGCCAACAAACACAUGGGGCCUUUUUAAAUGUAAAUAUAACAAUAAAUUAAUGUAUUAUUCUCUUGCUGCUGAUGAUUAACCUCUUCCUCGUCUGAGUUUUACUAAAUCUCUUCUCCAGUUGGCUUAAUCAGUUCAACAGGAAAACAUUAACUUGAUCUAUGUAGUCUAACCUCCCGUAAGCGACCACUCAUAACGCUGAGAUUUGCAAACAGCUCACUGGAGCUAAGGGAAAACUGAGUUUUGGAUUUUUUUUUUUGAUAGAUGUUCUGACAUGAAGGUCCGAACGCAAUUAUUGCUUCAUCUGAAUUUUUCAAUCAUUUUCAAGGAAUAAUUUCAGGUUAUAAAACGUUCAAUAUGUCUUGUCAGAUGCAAUUCAGUACAUGUAUGUUGCUAUACGUGUCUUGCGUUACGGAUCGUUACGCGUAAAUUUUAAAGAAAAAUGCACGCGGCCUACUUCACCAGUACGAGAGCACAGAAAACAUAAGUACGUACAAAUGCUUGUUGUUGUUGAUGCUGUUUUUUGUUUUGUUUUGCUUUGCUUUGCAGACCCACCGUCACUAGAUUUUAGCUUUCCAUAUGACCACACGGUCACCGAGGGCAAUAAUCUCACUCUUCAAUGCAAAGUGACAGCUGCCAAUCCCACACCAAACAUCAAGUGGUACAAUGUUUCUGCCACAAAAAUGCUGAUUUCAUACAAGGACAACUUGACGUUUGGACUUAUCACCAGAUCUCAUGCAGGGAGAUACCAGUGUGUUGUCGAAAAUGGAAUCGGGCAACCUGCAGUAUCAAGGAUAAGUACCGUUGAUGUGCAAUGUAAGUUGAUUCAAAUAAUGUUACUAAGGUAUUGGGUGUCGUCCCUCAGGUUUAGUGAUCACUUUAGACCGUUUUGCAAUUGCAUUAAUUAGGUGAUAUCACUUAAAUUUGCUGAAUCUGUAAGAACCGACUAGAAAAAUUGUGGACCCUAGUUCGCACGUGGUCGUUGUUGAAACGAGACCCCAGAUGUUCAAUGUUGGACAAAAGCAUUUUCCAGCAGUUUGCGCUUUUUUUUCAUGAAUUUUCUUGAUAUCGUUUUCUUAUCCAUGAAAUAAGCUAUUUAUUCGAUGGAUAACAUUAUUCAUUUUUGGACUGAAAACACCUGAACCUGAAAUACCUUUUUAAUAAAGGGCGCUUCCUUUUACACUUAUAUUCACAAAAUAUUUAAGGACUUUGCUGAGAGAAUUGUGAAAACUGGUGAUAUGAAGUUCAAUUCUCCUGAAAACCACAUACCCAUAAGAGAAUUGAGUAGUUGUUGAAAAAAUAUCAUUGUAUUCAUUACAACUUUUAGAAGAAAUUGGCGCUUACAGCAAGGAACCCAAACGUGCGACCGAUUUAGAUUUGUUCACAUUCUUUAGUAAAGAUUUCAUCCAAUCAGAAGCCAGCUGGAAACUGUCCCCGACUUCUGAUUGGUUGAUGUCUGCAUGAAAGAAUGUGAGUUAAUUAAACGUGGUCUGCAGGAGGGAGGUGCCGUCUCUAGGGUAAACAUUGGUUCACUGAUCACUGCCAGUGUGACGUCACGUCAUACAUCGGUGAUUUUCAAAAUGGCGGGCACAUUUCUUUAUCGUUACGUUGCAAAGGAUGUCAAUUUUCCGAAUGUUUGGAUUCAUCUUUUGCCGUCUUCAAUAAGGCAGAGCUUUUUUUUUCUGGUGGUCUCACUUUGGGCUCCUUGCUAUAAGACUCUCUUUGAAGAUGGGAGAUAUAUGUUGACACUCCUUAUACUUCACUUUCAGAUCCACCCCUACUCGAUACCACAUAUCCACGUGACCACACAAUCACCGAAGGCAGUAUUAUCACUCUUCAGUGUAAAGUGACAGCUGCCAAUCCUCAGCCAAACAUCACGUGGUACAGUGUUGCUAUAAAUAACACAGUUCUAUCGUAUGGAGUCAACAUUACAUUUGUGAACAUCUCAAGAAAUCAUACAGGGAAAUACUAUUGUCUUGUGGACAAUGGUAUAGACAAGGUUGUGACGUCACGAGUCAGUACAGUUAGUGUGCAGUGUAAGUUAACUGCUUAGAAUGUCUUAUUUUUUCAAGUCGGGAGUGAUAAUUUCAGUUAGAAUGGGUAAUAUUCAGAAUUUUUAUCCUAUAACGUUGGAAGACUAUCGAUCUAUGAAAGUAGGAGUGGAAUCUUGGCAGUUCGGCUCUUUUUAAGUGACAUUGGAUUGUCUUUGCCUUUCUGAUAAGUCUUCCUCUCUUCUAAGUAUGGGAACUUCGGACCAGAAUCCGAGAAUAUUCUUCGUCUCUAUCCAAAACUGUCCCUGUUCUUUUUUUUUUUCCAGAUAUUUCUAUUUUAGAUAUAUGGCCUGCGAGGCAGGCCCCGGGAAGUGACGGUCGUAAGAAAGAAUGAAUCGCACGAGGGAGAAACAAGCCCCGUUCUUUCUUGCAAAAGAGCUUCCAACCGCCUGCUACGCAGUCAAUUUCAGAUAUAUUCCAGUCUGUGCACUCUGUUUUCGCGUUGAUAUCGUUAAGACACUUAACGUAACUCACCAAUAAUCUUUGCCUUCUUUCAGAUCCUCCAUCACUGCAAACCACGUACCCUCGUGACAACACGGUCGUAGAAGGCAAUAAACUUACUCUGCUAUGUAAAGUGACAGCUUCUAAUCCGAGGCCAAACAUCACGUGGCACAGUGUUUCCGCAAACAACACAGUACUAUCUUAUGGAGCCAACUUCACCUUUUCUAAUAUCUCAAGACAUGAUGCUGGAAAGUACUAUUGCGUUGCUGAUAAUGGUAUCGGCAAAGCAGUCGUUUCAAGGAUCAGCUCAAUCGAAGUACAUUGUAAGUAGUUUAACUUGAAAGUUCCACUCCAGUCUGUUCAAACGCUGGAUAGCGCUAUCCACCGAAUAAAUUGUUAGUCAGUGGAUUAAUAUUACGAAAACCAACUGCGUCAUUCACUAGAUAGUAAUUUAUCCAGUGGAUAGCGCUUGCCACCUUUUCAACCUAUGGGCCUGGUUCUUUCUUUGGUUAGAAUAUGACACAGUUAUAGAGGUGACACACCGUAAAAUUCCGAAAAUAAAUCCUGUGGCUUAUAUUUUUCAAAGGCCCUUUUUGAGGGGCUUAUUUUUGGAGGGGCUUAUAUUCGGAGGGGCUUAUCUACGGAGGAAAAUUUGCGUUUCACAAUCGAUUGGGCUAACCAUAUAGUUGGAAGUAAAUUUACCGUUUUUGCUUUGUUUCACUUUGUAUUUGAGGGCAAUUUUCCAAGUACAAGCCCCCGGGGGGCUUAUAUUUGGAGGGGCGAUUUAACGGAGGGUUUUUGCGUUACCGGUUUGGGGGGCUUAUAUUUGAAGGGGCUUAUACAUGGAGGGGAUUAUUUUCGGAAUUUUACGGUAUGACACAGCUAUAGAGCAGAUAUAGGUAAAAUGUUUCUUUGUUCCAUUGUUCUCCGCUCUUAGAUCCUCCUUUGCUUGAUUCCUCAUAUCCUCGAAAUCAUACAAUCGCCGAAGGUAGUAACCUCACCCUUCUAUGUAAAGUGACAGCUGCCAAUCCUGAGCCAAACAUCACGUGGUACAGUUUUAUGUCAAAUAACACAGCUCUAUCGCAUGGAGUCAACUUGACUUUUAUUAACACCUCAAGAAAUCAUGCAGGGAAAUAUUAUUGUGUCGUGGACAAUCGAAUUUACGGAGCGUUGACGUCAAGUGCCAGUACAGUCGAGGUGCAGUGUGAGUAGUUUUUUUCAUAUACGUAGACAUAGACAUAGCGUUUAGCGUCGAACAUUUUGUAGAUCUAUGAAAGCUUGUUUUUGAAGCUUCAGUUUCUUGAGAAACUGUUAGACCGUCUUCUUUUCCGAGGAUGACAAUGUUCGGGUGGAAUCAAGGUUUCACUUCGAUCAAAUGCGCAUCUUUCGCUCCCAUGCAAAUCUUUGAAAACUGCUACCUACGUCUUUGCUUUAGGUACUUUAAGCCUUGGUUAGAAAACGAUUUUGAAGCAUAGUAUUUUUUGCAACUAAGCUACUACUAUUUUUGUCCAACGCUUACUUACAGAUAUUCCUUCAUCCUGUCUCAUCCACUGGCUCUUUCUGAGAUUUAUCCUGCAACGUUACUUUUAAAACGUCAAACCGCUUAUAGAUAGUUUGGGUGUAAACCACUUUUGGGUGACUGUGACGUCAUCUAAAACUGUUCCAAGAUAGCUGCCAUCAUGGACUGGUUAGCAUUAAAUAUAGUUGGCACAGACACGAAAGAGACAGAGCCAAGUGUCUGCAUUAUAGAGCUGUCCCUAUCACCGUAAGAGUAGUAAGGAGUUUGGCAUCUUAGAGAAGCCAGCGAUAGAUUGGUGUCGUCAAUAUUAUGGAACCUGCCCCUUAUGAGAGGUUUGGGUUCGGCUGUACUCAAUUUUCGUGUGCGACAAAACGAUACUUUUUCCCUAGUUUGAUUUUAACUACAUCUUGUGAUUGAUUCCGCAGAUCCGCCCUUAUUGAAUGCUAACCAUCCUUAUGAUAACACCGUAUUUGAAGGAGAAAACUUAACCCUUCAAUGUAAAGUGACAGAUGCUAAUCCUCAGCCUAACAUCACGUGGUACAGAGUUCCCAGAAGUAACACUGCAUUAUCAUAUGGAGUCAACUUGACCUUUAUAANCUACAUCUUGUGAUUGAUUCCGCAGAUCCGCCCUUAUUGAAUGCUAACCAUCCUUAUGAUAACACCGUAUUUGAAGGAGAAAACUUAACCCUUCAAUGUAAAGUGACAGAUGCUAAUCCUCAGCCUAACAUCACGUGGUACAGAGUUCCCAGAAGUAACACUGCAUUAUCAUAUGGAGUCAACUUGACCUUUAUAAGUGUCUCAAGAUUUGAUGAUGGAAAAUACUAUUGUGUAGUGGAGAAUGGCAUUGGGAAGAUCAUAUCAAGAACUUCAUCUGUUAAUGUGCUUCGUAAGUUAUAGCGAUACGCUUAGACUAAUUAUACCUCUAUUAGAAGGAAAGAAAUAUUUCUCAAUUUCUGUUUGGCUCAAAAUCCCCCGGCUAAUUGUUCACAUCCAGCUGGCUUUGGCAAAAUUUGAAAGACGAUUGCGAUAUCCGGUAAAAUUACGUCAAUAGUACUGGAUAUUCCCCCAAAAACGAACGGCAACCGAUAAGCCCUGGGUUGCAUCAGCACAGUUUUACAGUUAGAGGCUGAGCAGGAGAAAAUGGCUAAAAAGUUUACAUGUUUUGCGAAGAAGAAGUAGCCGAUUGUCUGCCUAAAAACAUAGCAAGAACAACGAGAAAAAAACUCAACGGAUGACAUCUGCUUUUUGAAGAAAAACGUCAAAACUAAACUUCACUUUACAUCCUGAAUUUGCCGAGUAACAGACAAAUAGGGACGGGGGGAACUUAACAUCGAUCUAGGUAAGCAGUAUUUUAAAGUAAGAAUUAUUUUAAAGAAGAAUAAAACAGUUAUUGGAUUUGACUUUCGUAUGAUCUGAAAAAUUAUGCAGAUCAUGGAGGGUGUUAUCCGACGAGGCUAUUAUUCUAUGCCUUAUCCUCACACUUGAUUUUAAUUAUUCUAUCAUAAAAAAGAUAUUUACCACUGAUAAUACAUGUAACGGCAUCAUUAUUUCUAUAGAUUCACCAUCCCUGAACUUUAGCUAUCCUCGUAGUCACACAGUUGUCGAAGGAAGUAACCUCCACUUGCACUGCGUUGUAACAGAAGGGAAACCGCGGCCUAACAUAACAUGGUAUAACGCCCGUGCAAAUAACUCGGAACUUUCAAAUAGCACCAGCUUGUCGUUAUUCAACAUUUCAAGAGAUCAAGCAGGGGAAUAUUACUGUGUUGGGACAAAUGGCAUUGGCCCAGUGGCGAUUUCACGGAUGGGUGUGGUCGAUGUACAAUGUAAGUAACCAAGUAGCCAUCUUAGAUUUACAUGGAACAAGUCAAGCUGCAAAUAGACCGAUAAGAAACCUUUCCAAUGAGUAGUUUUUGUCUUUGGAAUGUUGUAUGUUUCAUGCAGGAAGGUAAAUAAAUCUCCAUGUGGUCAUGCUAAAGUCUUUCUUACUUCGGAUCGCAAGCAGUUUACACGUUUAUUGGUUUGUGUGAGGGUGGAUUUCCACUGUCGCGUAAUUUUUACGUGCGUACGCACGUCAGUUUUGUGGGCGUAAAUAAAAUAGAGACAAAAGAGAGAUUUAGAGUGCCGUUUACGGCAAAUGUCAAACUCAAGUCGAGAAUUUCUCAAAAUAGAAGCCGUUCAGCUAAAAACAGUUGAAAACAAUUGUUAGAGACAAAACUAAAGUGAAGCAACUAAUUUUGAGGUAGAGAAAAUGAACAGUAAAGCGCAAGUUAAGGGACAAAUUGGCUACGUGGUACAAAUUUACGUUUGCCGUUUUCCCUAAACGUGACUCUAGAUCUCUCUAAUGACAGGCAGCGUAUAAACAUAAAAGUUGCGCGAGGUACAACUUUUACGUUUACGCACAGACUUUGACACAUUGCCUCUAUUUUAUUUACACACGUAAAAGUUACGUGACAGUUCAAAUUCACCCUAAGGGGUUGGAUAUUAACAUUUAAAACCUAAUUAUUCCGGAGCGCUAACAGUUUACACCUUCACUGUAUUUAACAAUUAUUCCACGAGUGCGCGUUGGAAAUGAGAUGGUAGUAAGCCAACGAGGCGCGUAGCGCCGAGUUGGCUAUUGUCAUCUCAUAUCCAACAAGCGUGAGUGGAAUAAUUGUUUUAUUAAAAACGCCCACAAAAUAUCGAGAAUUCUUCCCGUCUUUAUUUGUAAAAACAACCGAUUUUCAGCUUGUUUUUAUUUUUGAGCAGACGUGUACAGUUACCAUAUUUGGAGAGCAUGGUAUAAUGGCUCAUAUACCAUGAUGGCUAAGCCAAUCAGAGCUCUAGAAUCAGAUUAUCCAAUGAUUCAGGUUUUACUAAAAGAGGUUAAACAAUGACUGAUUAAGGCUGUUUGAUUCACAGAUUCACCAUCGUUGAUUGGAAGUCAUCCCCUCCACAAUACUUUAGUCGAAGGAGAGAAUCUUACUCUUCAGUGCUCAGUGACAGCUUCCAAUCCUGAGCCAAACAUCACGUGGUACCGAGCUGCUGCAAACGACACUCCACUGUCGUAUGGAGUUAACCUGACCUUUAUAAAUAUCUCGAGAUCUCAUAUGGGGAAGUAUUAUUGCGUUGUCAGUAACGGCGUUGGAAACAGAGCGAUUUCCAGGACUGCAACCGUAAAUGUGCUGCGUAAGUUUUGAAUCCAUGGAAAAUCAGUAUUUGUCAAUAUUAGCUGAACAAUCUUGUAUCCACACAGAUUUGAUGUUGCAUUGUUACAGAGCGACCUUUACAGUAUAGAGGGCUAUAUUCAGUAUAUCAAUUAAAUUUUCUGGUCGUCGUACAAGUAUUGCAAGUUUCACUGGAGGUUCUUACUCUUGACAAUGGCCUAUACUGGUGCUAAAGAAAUAGUGUAGUGUACAUAGAAUAAGGGUUCAAUUCCGGUACAAAAUGAAGGACUCUACAUUAAUGGGCCCUUUGCAGCUAGCCAUUCACGUGGUACAAAACCGCCGUACUGGAGAGCAGAAAGUGGUACUGGGACAAGACAAACAAAGGAACUUACCAUUUAAAAUUAUAUAUGCCUUUUGUUUGUCUUGUCCCAGUGCGACUUUUGCUCUCCAGCUUGUUUUGCGGUUUUGUACCACGUGAUCAUGAAUGGCUAGCUGCAAAGAGCCUAUUUCAAAUCAAACUUAUUUUUCAUACUCCAUUAGCUAAGUGAUUUAUAAAUCGAAA